AUGACAGAUUACGAGUCAGCUUUGGAAUCCAAGAAAAAGGCUCUUGAAAUCAGGUUAAGAUUAUAUGAAGAAGAUCAUCCUGAAACAGCCGACAGUUAUUACAGCAUUGGUAUCACACAACAUGAGAUGAAAGAUUACAAAUCAGCAUUACAUUCAAAUAAAAAAGCUCUUGAAAUAAGAUUAAGAUUAUAUGGAGAAGAUCAUCCUAACACAGCUGACAGUUAUUACAGCAUUGGGUUCACACAACGUGAGAUAAAAGAUUACAAAUCAGCAUUACAUUCAAAUAAAAAAGCUCUUGAAAUAGGAUUAAGAUUACAUGGAGAAGAUCAUCCUUAUUCAGCUGACAGUUAUUACAACAUAGGGAUCACACAACAUGAGAUGAAAGAUUACAAAUUGGCAUUAGAGUCCUACGAAAAAGCACUUGAAACCAGAUUAAGACUAUAUGGUGAAGAUCAUCCUGACAUCGCUGACAGUUAUUACAGCAUUGGAAUCACACAACAUGUGAUGAAAGAUUACAAAUUAGCAUUAGGGUCGUAUGAAAAAGCUCUUGAAAUGAGGUUAAAAGUACAUGGAGAAGGUCACCCAUUGACAGCUUCCAAUUACCACAUCAUUGGAGUCGUUCAACAUGCGAGUAAAGAUUAUGGGUCAGCAUUAGAAUCGUAUCAAAAAGCUCUUGAAAUCAGACUAAGAUUAUAUGGGGAAGAUCAUCCUUACACAGCUGACAGUUAUUACAACAUUGGAAUCACGCAUCACGCGAUGAAAAAUUACAAAUCAGCAUUAGAGUCGUAUCGAAAAGCUCUUAAAACUAGAUCAAGACUAUUUGGAGAAAACCGAUCUGACACAGCUGAUAUUCACUACAACAUUGGAUUCACCCAUCACGCGAUGAAAGAUUACAAAUCAGCAUUAGAGUCGUAUCAGAAAGCUCUUGAAACUAGAUUAAGACUAUUUGGAGAAAACCAUCCUGACACAGCUGACAUUUACUACAACAUUGGAAUCACGCAUUACGAGAUGAAAGAUUACAAGUCAGCAUCGGAUUCGAAUAAAAAAGCUCUUGAAAUCAGUCUAAGACUAUAUGGAGAUCAUCCUGACACAGAUGACAGUUACUUUAACAAUGCAAUCACACAACAUGCGAUGAAAGAUUACAAAUUAGCAUUAGAGUCGUUUCAAAGAGCUCUUCAAAUGGGAUUAACACUAUAUGGUGAAGACCAUCCUAAGACAGCUGACUGUUAUAGUGGCAUUGGAGUCACGCAACACAAGAUGAAAUAUUACAUGUCAGCAUUAGAGUCACAUCAAAAAGCUCUUAAAAUCAGAAAAAAGCUACAUGGAGAAAACCAUCCUGAGACUGCUGACAGUUAUCACAACAUUGGGGCCUCACACUAUGAGAUAAAAGAUUUCACGUUAGCAUUAAAGUCGCAUCAAAAAGCCCUGCAGAUUAGAAUGAAGCUGUAUGGGAAGGACCAUCCAGGGAAGGCGCGGACAGUUUUUCUAAAAUUGCAAUGA